AUGGGGAAAAGGUUGAGCGAAGACGUCGUCUCGGACAGCGACGAAUCGAUGGAGGAUGCCCCCGAGACAACAAAUGUGGCUGAGAAGGCAUCUCAGCAAACGUCGGAUGUAGCUUCUGAGCAAGACACAUCGAGUUCGGAAUCAGGGUCCGGAUCCGAGAGCGAGAGUGAAAGCGACGGCUCAGAUGAAUCAGACUCCAACAACGCGGAUUCUCGUCCAUCAUAUAAUAACAAGAGAGCAUUCUUCCCACCGUCGGGAUUCAAGCAAUCAAAACCGAAAACUCGACCAUCACCGGCCAUCUCAUCUGCGCUCUCGAAUCUCGAGGGUAAACAGGUUUUCCAUAUUACAGCACCAUCGUCGCUAUCAAUAUCUCGAAUUAAGGAGGUAGCUUUUGGAAAGGCAAUUUUAGGAGAGCCAAUCUUGUCCCACAAGGGUGUGGACUACGGUCUUGUGGCGAACACGCAACAACAGAAGCAAGGAUCCGAGGCAUUAUUAGUCUAUGAUGAAGCAACAAACACAUUUGUGAAGAAGCGAGAACUGAAGAAUAUUGAGAGUUACAACAUUCAGGAAAUAGUGCGACUACCUGGCCUGGACUCAACACAAGUCCCUUCGACACAAGAAGCAAGCAAGAAACAAUCCAAAGCACGCCCACAACCUAAGCAUCUUAGGAUGCGCUUUCAUCCUGUUGGCAGUCUAAAUCUACCUCCGGAAACAGUAGGUUCGAGCUCUGAGUCGGACGCUGAGGAACCGACGUUUCGUGUCCCGCGAAAAGACUUAAAAGAAAAAAGCGAAAAGGACCUGAAGAGGAAGGCAGAUAACGAGGGUGAAUCCGAGUCGAAGAGUAAAAAGUCUAAAAAAGAGAAGCUUUCAUCUCAGGAGACAGACACUCGCCGAGACAAGGAGAAGAAGCCGUCUAAACAUCGAGAUGAGACGAGUCAGGAGCGAAGAGCGCGAAAGGAGGAAAAGAAAAGGCGCAAGGCAGAAAAGGCGCACUGA